GCCUACAAAGUCUUUGGCGGUGACGGCACUCCCGCCCAGGGAUGGCCCAAGCAGUCCGACUGGAAGUCGUUCGAGGAUCUCUGGACCGCCAACCAGGGUACUAUGAAGGCCUCCUGCUCCCAGUUCUCGCAGGAGAACGACAGCGACCAGGAGAUGAACGACAUCAAGAGCGCCAUCCAAGCCACCGCUAAGGAGGCAAGCCUCCCAGCCGAGUUCCUCCUUGCCAUUGUCAUGCAAGAAUCCAAGGGCUGCGUCCGCGCCCCGACGACCAACUACGGCUAUGACAACCCCGGCCUCAUGCAGUCCUUCCAGGGCAAGAACUCCUGCAACCCCUCUGGCAGCGGCACUGUUCCCUGCCCCUCCGAUACCAUCACUGGAAUGAUCAGGGACGGUGCCGGUAUUGGUCUCGAAUUCGGCAUGCAGCAAGCUGUCGCUCAGUCCAAGGCCGACGACGUGAGCAAAUUCUAUAAGGGUGCCCGUAUCUACAACUCUGGCUCCGUGGAUGCCUCCGGCAACUUGGGCGCCGGUAUCGCUACCCACUGCUAUUCCUCUGACGUCGCCAACCGUCUGCUCGGAUGG